AUGGCCCUACGAUUGCGAUCUCGUCAUCGUAAUAAGGAGUCUUCGGUCGAGAACCCAGAUGCGCUAUCUGUAGCGUCUGAGCGGCCCAGAAAGUCUGGGUUUGUUCGAGAAUCGGGGUUCUCAGAUGCAUCCAGACUACCGAAGCGGAUCCUCCAAUGGCUCUACUCCAUUUCGUUGAUCAUUUUUAUGAUCCUCACAUUUGGUUUUAUCCUUGUCACCCCCCUUGACAUCAUUGUCCAAACAUGGGGUGCUCCAUCCACAUGGGCUAAGACCUUCAUCGUCAUCAUGGCAUGCGCCUUCUUUUUAUUCUUCUGCCUCGUCAUUUACUUCCUGAGACUUUACCAGAGCAGAGUAAUGCUUAAUCAAAUUCCUUCAAAAUCGGUCUACAUCCCGCUAGAAAAGCACGACCUACCGUCAGACGUCCGUCAUUAUGUCGAUGGCACACUACGACGCUGCGUGGGAGACAUCAAAAUAAGGGCUGGACCUUUGUACAACAAAAACGAGAUCAUCAAUAUUCCAGGGGCGUCGCCGCCAGAGUACAUUCAAAAGAGAAACAUUUCAAUGGGCUUCCACAAUGAAGGUACCCAUCUCCCACCAGAUUGCAUCUACGAAGAUAUCUUGGACAGUUUGGGUAUGCAGAUCCGGGGCAGCGGUGUAGUGCUCACCAAUUUUGACAUUCCAGAUUGCUAUUCAUUCCGGGAGAUUUUACUCUCCAUGGCACAGAUAUUGAUCGAGGAGCACGAGAUCGACCGUUCGAGGCUCCCAGAGGUUCGUCGCAUGAUACAAAUAUAUGAGAAGCUCAAGUUUGGGCCAGAUCGCAUCAAGGAGCUGGACAUGGUGGAAUUUCUUACCUUGUUUGAAAAGCUCCAACUUUUGUUCCACUCGAACCGUCUCGAGCUGGAGGAUCUGCAAGCGCCCAUUAAGUACGGCAUCAGCCGAGGAUCGUCUUUUGGCACCGACACAUUCUUGCUGCCGAACUUCAGCAACGUCCGUCGCAGUCUGCACGGAGGAGCCCGCAGCUCACGAUCUGGAACCCGAAGUGAGCUCUUUGCCGAUAUAGACCAGCAGAGCGAUUCAAGCGGUGAGAUCAGCGGGCUCCACACGUCUCUGAACGAGCUAAAUGCACAGCGGAUCUCGCGCAGCAGCACAGGCACGAGCGAUCCAGGCAGACGACCAAGCACAGGGUCUGUGAUCAAAAACAAGCUUGUGUUUCGUGGGCACAGCAGGGAAGGUGAUUCCUCUACCGGUGGGCCGCCCACUGAUUCCAGCUCCAGCGAUACGGCGUCGGUGAAGGUUACCCACACGACGACCCCUGGCGUCUAG